CACGUCUGCCCAGGGUCUCCACAACCUGAUCAUGGCCCCCGCACUCCAACAGAUGUCGCACCUGCUUCACCAACAGCUGAUCAGCCCUGCGCAGAUCCAGUCGCUAAUGCACCAUCAGAGCGUUCUUCUCCACCAGCAGGUCAACCUCAUCCAGCAGACACAGCUCAUGCAGACCGCAGACAAGAGCAAGGCGUCCGGCCCCUUGGCUCAGCUGGGCGCACAGCAGCAGCAAUUGGUGCAGCAGUUACAGGCGGUGCAGCGGCAGUACUUGCUGCAGUCGGGCCUCCAUCCGGGUCUUCAUCACCACAAUGGAGAAACUCGUUCACCCCCCGGCAGCGGAAGCGAGGGGGGAGGAGCCUGGAAGGAACGAGGGGAGCGCUCAGAAACCCCGUCACCUCAUCGAGCGUGACCAGAAACCGAUGCCACCGCCCGCUGCGAAUGGUCGCGAGAUGAACGGCGUGGGCAGCGAAGACGAAGACCCCAGCGCCCGCCGUGGCCACCCUCUGUAUGGCCACGGAGUGUGCAAGUGGCCAGGGUGCGAGGCCAUCUGCGAAGACAUUCACGCUUUCCACAAGCACCUCAACACAGAGCAUACCCUCGACGACCGCUCAACCGCUCAGGCCAGAGUGCAGAUGCAGGUCGUAAGCCAGCUGGAACGUCAACUCACCAAGGAGAGAGAUAGAUUACAGGCAAUGAUGAAUCACCUCCACAUGAACAAGGCCUCCGCACUUGCCAGCGCCGCGAGUUGCGUCACCCGAACCGCCGCAGCCGCAGCCGCAGCCCAUCGUCGAACCGCCAUCGCAAUAUCCUUCUCGUUCCCAGAGUCCUGGCGGUAUCCUGCCGAAACUGCCCCUUGGCGCUGGCUUACUCGGAGGAGGGGCGCUGGGUGCCAACCCCCUGGGACUCCCCCACUCUCCCAUGGCGCAGAUGCCGCCUGUGUCUUUGUUUGGUGCAAUAGGAAAGCUGCGGGCCGCUGCGCCGACGCCUAACAGACAAAGCCGCUCUCCUUACUCCAGGGCCGCUAGAGGACUCCCAAGUGACUAGACGCCGCCUGGCAGACCGCGCUGCUUUAGACGUUAAUGAAGAAAUACAAAGGAAUCGAGAAUUCUACAAGAGCACAGAAGUUCGCCCACCAUUUACCUAUGCAUCACUCAUAAGACAGGCAAUCAUAGAGUCGCCAGACAAGCAACUAACAUUGAAUGAGAUAUACAACUGGUUUCAAAAUACAUUUGCUUACUUCAGACGUAACGCAGCAACUUGGAAGAAUGCCGUCCGCCACAACCUGUCCCUUCACAAAUGUUUCAUGCGUGUGGAGAACGUCAAGGGCGCCGUGUGGACGGUGGAUGAAGUGGAAUUUUACAAGAGGCGACCACAACGCUGCGCCACCGGGGGUGUGCCAAGCAAAAGCCCAACUCUCACAGGCAGCCCAACUCUUUACGGCGAGGCCCUCAAUGCUAGCCUGCAGGCUGCCUUGGCAGAUUCUAACCUGCCGCUGUUGAACACUGCCUUCAGUGUUAGCUCCAGUGUGGAGAAGAGUGGAUCCCCACCUGUAUCCUACCAUGAAGCAAUGACACGUCAUGAGGAGGAGGAAGAGUCUUCACACAGAGAGCGUGAGCGUGAGGAGGAGCCCGAGGACUCCUACCCAUCACAGCUGGUCAAGCAGGAGAUGACAGAAGAGGAGACGCCAAUGGAAACUCAGCGAGACUGUGAAGACGAGACACACCCUGCAGCUUCUCCUGUAUCUCACUACCGUCAUUAUUCUGGGAUGGAGGAGGACCGGCCCCGCUCCCAUAGCCCAGUGCCACCCAGUCCUGUGUCCCAGCCACCACCACCACCUCCAGUGUCCCACUCAAUGCCCCAUGUGCCCACUUCACUGGGACUCCCCCCACCUCUGCAAUUACUACACGAGGCUCACAUGAGGCAAGGACCUCCUCUAGAAGGCUAGUGAUGUAGGGUACGUGAAUGGAGUGACACAUUACCUCCCAGUGGUUAAAAACUACAUAAAAAUCACCACUUUUCCUACUGCCAUCUUCCUCAACAAGCCAGCCAGUGGAUUCUGGCAAGGAAGCAAGAUAUACAGCCAAUUAUGUAUAUCUUGCAGUUACGUUAUCUGGUAUCUUUUAUUUAGAUGGUGUAUUAUCUCCUGUACACAAAGAAAAAAAAAGCACUGGCUUGUGUACAUGAUGCAGGGAAACCUGUAGGAAAGGAAGGAAGAAUUUGUUAUUUUUGCACUGACGGAAUUAGACUUUCUAAUAGUAAUUGUUUCAUAUCAGACUAGUCUUACCUAAGGCACUGUCGUCGGUCAAGGCACAAGUGUGUAUGUUCUCGGUGAUGGACAGACAUUGUUUUGUACAGAAGGUUUUGACAAGGAUGUGAUCGCAUACUGUAGUAAAAGUGUAGAUUGAACUGGACUACAGGAAGCGCAGGCAGAGUCUUCUGGAGCCUCUAGCCUCACCUAGUGUAGAGUAGCCUAAGGCAACAGAUGGCUGGGCAGCCAACUGUGUACCAUUCCUAGAUGGGUCACCAAGAUCCAUUUGUGCUUUCCUAGCCCCUGAACCCCAUCCUUAGCCCAGUAGAUAUUGUCCAAGCAUGCGUCACAUUAAGUUCAACUUAAGACUUAACACAUUUCAAAAGUCUUAGUUGAGCAAAAGUCUAGGCACUGAAUCAUAUUUAUUACUUAAAGGGACUACCAGCUAAAGUUAAAUCAUUUAUCAAGUGCCAUAUUUUGAGUCCUUUAUGAGCUAACAUGUUGUCAGUAUAAUGCAGUUAAAUUUGAUCUCAGACUUUAAAUAGCUCUUCCAUGACAAUUACUAGCACCUCCAGUCAGUAAACCCUUAAAUUUGUUUCACUCUUAUUAAACUAAAUGAAAGUUAGUAUUUUAAAAAAUCACCUUUGUGUAGCAAGUCUACAAGAAAUAAUCUUGUAAACUUACUGCAAAAGGCAAAGUUACAUUAUCAACAUAAAUAUAUCUUCCUGACGCAGUAGUCUUGUACCUCAAAGAAACCCACCUAUUUCCAUUAUUUACACUAUUUAUUUGUUAUUUAUAUUGUAGAGUAAGUGGGGUUAGGACAGCACAGAAAUGAGAUCCCUGGUAGUAUAGUGUUCUAGUGUAAAUUAGAUUUAAACAGCCAUCCCAAACCUAGUGAGACAUGGGAGAUGUGAUUGUGUAGUUGUCUGAAAUAUGUUUUUGGGGUUCAGUUCUUGUAAAGGACUGCAGUCAGUAAGGUUCAAAAAAGUGUAGUGUAACAUGUCAAUUAUGUGAGGAAUGUUUCACCUCUAAAACAGAUUUUCAGGACAUAUGACAUGGCGUCAUAGAACACUGUCAAUGGUGUUAUUUUAGAUUCUUUUAUUGGUUCUUCCUUUUUAGCUGAUUAAAUUAAGAAAUAAUGCAGGGUUUACUGUGACAUUGAAAUCUAAGUGAACCAGUGAACUGAAUUAUAAUUAUGGAAUUAUCUGUUGCCUGUCUCUAACCACAUCAUUUGCUGCAAUGACUCAUUAUAACAGUGACUGUGACAUUAAAGUCCCAAGUGUCUAAGACAGCCAGAACAAUGUGUAUACCCUUCUCCAAAGUAAGUUCAUUGGGCUUGGUUCGUAGGAAUUGCAUAGAAUGGACCACUGUUGUAGAAGCAUUGUUAAAAAUGCUACCAUAUGAUACAUACUCAAGCCUGUGUAUUGCAUUACCACUGUAGGUUAGCCUUGCUGUGUUGGGGAGUCAGAACUAUGUUGGGUAUGCCAGUAACCAGAAAUCUCAUGUCUUCUCUUAACCAUUUCCAUACAUUCAGUUCCUAAUCCCAUCUCACUGUUACUGUAGAUUGCCAUUGUUUCAUCAAGUUCCUUUAUAUACAGUUGGUGUACUAUAUCUGUCACAUGCAGUUGGUGCACCCACUGCCAAAAGAUGUUGCAGUGAACCCCCAUUAUAGUUCUGUUCCCUAUAUCGCCAUAUGUCCCUGUUGGUCGCAAGUCACACGGUAGUAGAACAGCUUCUUGUAGAACAUUCCCCCCUUGGGCAACAUCAUGCCCAGACCCCAAGCAAUAACUGUCUGACGUAUGACUGAGUGUAUUACCAUGAACAGUUCCCCCUCUCCCAUUUUGCAAUGUCCAGCUACUGUCACUGAAUGUGGCUCUCUGUAAGGUAGUCGUUUAGAGGUGCUUUGUUUAUUUGAAGCUGCUAUAUAUACAUUGAACAUACUGUGUAAGCAGAGGUUUAUUUCACUGUGACUUGCAGAGAGCCCUAGGUGCAAGCAUGGAUGAGACGUGAGACCCGUAACAUGCGUGUGGUUUAAAUACUACUUCAGAAAGGUUUGUUUUAAUCGACAGUGAUAAAAAGCAAAUCUUGCCGAAGAGCAAGUUUGGUCUGGAUAAAACAAAGCAUUUAUUUGCCAUGGUGAUAUCAUAAUUUUCAGAAAAAGACAUUACAGGCAACAGAUACGAACAAAAAUGACUGUUGGCAGUAUGUUUUUGUUAAACAAGUGUAACACAAUGUCCACAUGCAUUAAGGGCCUCCUGUAUAUAAUCUCUUGAAUGAAGUGAAACGCAUUAAACAAAGUAAGGAGAGAGAGUGAUUUAGUUGGAAAAAUAUUCCACACUGAAUUGCUUACUACAGACUUGACUUUGGUAAUUGCGUGACUUAAUGAGCCAGAUCAGAGAUCUGGCCUCGUACAAGUGUACAGAUUUUUAAGUUACAGGUAUUACAACCAUCCUUUUGUUCAUAUUGUAAAUUCAACAAAGGCAGCAUCUAGUUGUGUCUGCCAAGACUCACUAAUAUUAUUAUUCAGAUUUAGUCCAGAGAACUAUAGAAGAUGAAUAAAGCAUGUCCUCAACUCUAUAUUUAUAUGGCAAAAUGCUUUGUAUGCCAGACAUGUUCAUUAAUGAUGAAAAUUAGUGUGUUUUGAUAUUCAGCGCAUAAGUGAAGAAUUUCUGUCCCUAUAGUCUCAUUCCCUACUGCUUGAGCAAAAUGUAUACAAGAUCUCCAUUGUCCAUAGUAAAGUUACAUCUUCCAGUGUGUGGAAAUAGACUGAAAAGUUUUACUAUUCAGGUAAACAGGGAGGUGGCAUCUGUGAUCUAUUUACUCGGUGAAACUGAAGGAAAACUACAUGACCAAGAUGCUUGAACCUUGAGGUUUGUGUGUGUAACUAAUAUAAAGAAAUAUUAAUUUAGUGGACUACUUCAAAGACCAUGUGAAGAUCUG